CUCGGCAAUCCAGCAAAAAAAGCCGGCCGGUCUCAAGACACGGAAGACACCCGUGCACCAGGCCACGUCUCAAGUGCCAGUUCACAUCUGGACCCGUUUUCGGGCAGCGUAAGUCAUGGGCCCUUCGAGACGAAAAGCCCGGCUCCUCGCCGCGGCCGUGGUCCUUCUAUUCUACACGUGCUACCGCACCUUCGGCAGCACUUUGUCCGCCCGGCAACCCGGAGACAAGUCCCGAAAACUGCAGUUUGAACGCGUGCUCCAAAGCCAGCCCGACUGGCGGCAAGACGGCAUCAAUUUCCAGAGCGCCCGGCAUUUGCACAUGCCGCCCGGGUCGGCGUUGCACCGGCAGCUCGAGGCCGCGUUCCCGUACGAGCCGCAGAAGGGCUUCCCCAAGACGAUCUGGCAGACCUGGAAGGUGGGCCUAGAAGACGGCGGCUUCCCGAGCCGGUACCGCGGUUUCCAGGAGUCGUGGGACCAGGCCGGAUACAGCCAUCAUGUGCUCUCGGACCAGCAGUGCGACGGCUUGGUCCGGCAGCUUUUCGAGCCGGUGCCCGACGUGGUGCAUGCGUGGCAAGCCAUGCCGAAAAGCAUCUUGAAGGCCGACUUCUUCCGGUACCUUGUGCUCUACGCGUGCGGCGGCGUGUACUCGGACAUCGACACCACGGCGCUCAAGCCGGUGGAUGUGUGGGUGUCCGGCAACAGGACGUUGUACGGCCGGCCCAACAACGCCGGGCUUGUGGUGGGGAUCGAGGCGGACCCGGACCGGCCCGACUGGGCCGACUGGUACGCGCGGCGCAUCCAGUUCUGCAAGUGGACCCUCCAGGCGAAAAAGGGCCACCCGAUGCUCCGGGGGUUGAUUGCGCGGAUCACGCAGUUGACGCUUGAACGAAAGAAGAACGGCCAGCUCGCGGCGGUCUUGGGCAAGGACCCGGGCGGCGACGUCAUGGACUGGACCGGCCCGGGCAUCUUCACGGACACGGUGUUGGCGUACAUGAACGGGCUCGUGCAGCCGGACGCGUUGAUGGCGCAGCCGCAGGACAAGCACGAGCCGAUCGUCACGUGGCGCGUGCUCACGGGCAUGGCCGUGCCGCUCGUGUUGGAGGACGUGUUGGUGUUGCCGAUCACGUGCUUCUCGCCGGGCGUGGGCCACAUGGGCUCCCGGCCCACGUCCGACCGGUGGGCGUAUGUGCAGCACGUGUUCCUGGGCAGCUGGAAGGAGAAGAAGGCGGGGAAGCAGCGCUAGGGCCAUGCUGGCCCGGGUGAUGGGAGUGUGGGUGUGAUGUGGGUGUGGAGUGGGGUGUGGAGAGGGGUGUGGAGAUGGAGUGUGGAGAUGGAGUGUGGAGAUUACAGGAUUGAGAUACCAGGGU